UGGUCUCAGUCUUAAUUUAGCACGCGACAGCGCCAGAAGCUCGACUGCAACUUGGACGUAGAGAUGAUUCCUAAGCUCGGACUCUUAUCGCUGGGGCUGUUGCUGAUAGCCCUGCUUAAUGCGCAGCUAAUGCAGGCCCAGCCAGAACAUCGAUUAUAUGGGGAUCAGUCGCAUAAUGGUGAAGGCUGGGGCUAUUCACAGCCUCAGAGACCUCAUGGGCAACACGAGCACAGGCACCAUCAUGGCCAUGGACAUGGGCACGGACAUGGCCACAAUCAGUACUACGAUCGAUAUCCAGCCAGCUACCCAGGUGCUGCGCAGUUCGAACCCGGUCAGGGUCCCAGCUUUGGUAGAGGCUCGUAUGGAGGAGGACAGCCCAGAGGUGGAUAUGCAGGACAGCCAGGCGCAGGGUUUGGGAACCCGCGACCUGGCGUAGAUUGCGAUGCUCACCCAGGCGGUGGUUCUGGACCUGGACCUGAUUUCGGCUACCAGCAACCGGAAGCUGGAUACGGCAGAGAAGGUCAAGGAGCUGAUACAGGAUUUGGAGGUCAGUCCGGCGCUGGUUUCGGUAAUCAACCCAGACCGGAUUACGGUGGGGGCAAUCGGCCUUUCCAGCCUCGUCCAGGCCAACCCCAACAGCCGAAUCAACCAGAGUAUGAAAGCGAACAAAGGGGUCAACCCAUUCAGCCACGUCCGCAAACAGGAGACCAAGGCACAAUUGACUUUAACUACCAACAACCGGGUAAUGCUGGGAGUCCCUUGCAGCCACGCCCAGGAGUGGCAGACAACGAUCAGUUUCAACCAUCUGGCAACCCCAUUCAGCCACGUCCUCAACAUGGCGGGCACGACAAACCUGAAUUCGACUACCGACAACCUGGCAGCUCUGGAAUUCCCUUGCAGCCACGCCCAGAAGUGACUGGACCCGACAAUGGACAACCUGGCAAACCAAUUCAACCGCGACCCACAGAUUCCAUAAAUGUCCAGCCCUCUCACGAAGCAGCCAAUUUCAAUCCCAUUCAACCACUUCCAGGGCAAGGCCAACAGCCACAACAGACGUAUAAGUCGAAUGCAGGAGAUCAGCAUCCCAUAGAUCAGUCAGUUGGCACCACCUUACAGCCUCGACCCGGAUCUGGUGGUGCCCUUUCCGACCCCGAGACUAAUCCACAAAGCACAGUGGACGACAAUAUUGCGUCCAUUUUCAAUACGAAUAAUUUUAUGACCCCCACACUGACGGAAGGCAAUGGGUUGCACGGGUCUAGGGACCCUAAGUCCCAAGCUGAAGUUAAUCAACCGGAAUCCAUUGCAGGACGCAACCUAUUUGAAACAAUGCCGCAGUGCCCCGAAGGAACAGAGGUGCGGGGCGGACGCUGUCGCCAGAAGGCCUAAAAUAUAGAAACAUCGCAACUUAGUUAAUCGGCUAAACAAUCUGACAAUAUGUUGCCUCAGUGGAAACAAAAUUGUAUUAAAUAUUUAAUAAACAAUAAUUCGAUUCGUACAAAA